UGUAUAUGGAAGUGAGUGGGGUCGGUGAGAGAGAGUGUGUGUGUUGUCAGAUGUGAGGCGGGCAUUAGAAGCGCUCAGGCCGUAUUUCUCGAAGAUCUCCAGUUGUUGCUACCGGGUGAAGUAGCCAAUCCAUACCGGGAAGACUUGCCAGGAACCUCGGCAAGGAAGAUCCAGGCGACACCGAGGAUUUUAUCGACGAACAACGGUGAAUUUCGCCGGCUAGAGCGGGGCAGUGCUACCGCCGAUUCGCGUCUCAAGCAAGACAUUCCAUCACAUUUUACCAGCGAGAAAAGGCACUCUCCACACGGAGAGAGAAGCUCGUCAAGAUUCCAGUCCAAGAGGAGACAAUACUUCGGACAGUAACAAAAAUGACGGAACCGAAUACAAAAUCCGUGGACUGGUUGUACGACCAUCUGACACAGGAUAUGGACGUGUUGCAGUUGGACUGCAGGGCAUGCGAAGACUACGCCGCCUCGCACAUCGAGGGCGCCAUUAAUGUUGUCAUUCCCUCGCUCAUGUUGAAGCGCCUCAAAAAGGGGAACUGUUCAAUCAAUACCCUAAUCCUCAGCGAUGUCGGCAAGGAGAGGUUCAACCGUAGGUGCAAGGAGGACUUUGUUAUUUUGUACGACGAGGCAUCGACAGAUUCAGGGUGCACGAGCCAGACCAUAAACCUUCUGAUGAAAAAGUUGCAGGAGGACGGCUGCAGAGCGUUCUACCUACAAGGACUCGUCCUCCAGCUCGGAGGGUUCCGACAUCGCAAGCGACUCCUCGGACAGCGACUCGCCUCCCCUGGACGCCUACCCCGUCCAGAUCCUCCCCUACCUCUACCUCGGCACGGCGAAGGACGCGGCCAACUUGGACAGUCUGAGAAAGUACGGCAUCACACAUAUCCUCAACGUCACCCCCAACUUGCCCAACAAAUUCGAGGGAUCCGAGACCUUCACGUACAAGCAGAUCCCCAUCUCAGACCACUGGAGCCAGAACCUCUCCCAGUUCUUUCCUGAUGCCAUAUCCUUCAUCGAGGAAGCACGCCAGAAGAAGACAGCGGUGCUCGUCCAUUGCCUGGCCGGCGUCAGUCGCUCCGUAACGGUCACCGUGGCGUACCUCAUGCAGAAACUGAACUUGUCAUUGAACGACGCGUACGACUAUGUCAAGCAGAGAAAGUCGAACAUUUCGCCGAAUUUCAACUUCAUGGGCCAGUUGCUGGACUUCGAGCGUAUGUUGGAGCACAGCCACCAUUGUACAAAUUGCCAGUGUGACAAUGUGCCAAAAAUGCAGUUCACAGCGACGCCGACCAUAACCCCCCUCCAUAGCUAGGCUCGGGAGAGCCGGACUCAAAUCACUCUGUAGCGAAGACAUGGACAGUGGUGGAUCAUCACCCUGUCUGCAGUCAGGACUCUAGAUUGCUGCACUUAACAACAAGUAUUUUCUGUUAGAUGUCCUGAAUAGGACGAUAUUGAUGUAGAAAAUUCGGGACAUAUGAAGGAAUAUAUUAUAGAAAAGAAUGGUUGUGGAGAUACUGUUGUCAACAGCAGAAGGGUAGACUUUAUCAGUGGACCAUAUAAAUGUAGGGCGCUAAUUGUCGUCAGCCAUUUUAAAAUAUCUUGUAUGUAUAUCACUAUUUUUUUCUUUUCUCCCAAAACAAAAGUGCCUUUCUAUCUCAGGAGCGGGGACCCUUCCCCCAAUAUAUGACAUCCUUGUCAACUGUUCCUCAUAGUCGUACUACAUAAUGGUGAGUUUAAGGUGCUUCUUGUAAGAGGAGCAAGAAAUUCUGACCUCAUCUUGGUUUUCCUGCCAAAACCAUCUGGUAUAAAUGUGGCAAUAUUUUUCCAAGGGAUCAAAUUCUUUUUUCCUCUGUAUAUUGUAAAAUAUGUACAAUGUCACUGUGUAUUAUGAACAGGAAGGUCCCUAAUGUAAAUAAAGUUUUAUAUGAAGAGAAAUCUACU